AGAAAUUCCUAAUCUCCAUUCCUUCACAAUAGAAGGCAUAGAGCAGUUCCCACUUCCUUCUACUCUUCCUCUAUUCCACUCUUCUCUGAGGGUUCAGGGGAGAAUGAAGAUGGGGAAUGAGAGCAGAACUGAAAAGAGCUAUUUUGAUGUGCUGGGGCUCUGUUGUUCGUCUGAAAUUCCUCUGAUUGAGAAUAUUCUGAAACCCUUAGAUGGGAUCCAAAAGAUUUCUGUGAUUGUUGCUUCAAAGACUGUUAUAGUUCUUCAUGACCCCAACAGAAUCUCUCAGAUGCAGAUUGCGAAAGAAUUAAAUAAAGCAAGAUUGGAGGCGAGUAUAAGAACAUAUGGGACGGACAAGAUGGCGAAUAAAUGGCCGAGUCCUUACAUAUUGGCCUGCGGGAUUCUGCUUCUUAUUUCCUUAUUCCAGAGGUUCUACAGACCGCUUAAAUGGCUCGCUCUUUCAGCAGUUGUGAUUGGCCUUCCGCAAAUCCUCCUCAGAAGCCUUGCUGCCAUUCGAAGAUAUACUCUUGACAUCAACAUCCUCAUGUUGAUUGCAGUGGGAGGAGCAGUUGCGCUGAGGGACUACUCAGAAGCUGGCUUCAUAGUUUUCCUCUUCACCAUGGCUGAAUGGCUUGAAUCCAUAGCAGGCCAAAAGGUAUCUACAGGAAUGACAUUGCUGAUGAAUCUGGCUCCUCAAAAGGCUGUUCUGGCUGAAACAGGCCAAGUGGUCGAUGCUAAAGAUGUGAAGGUAGACACCAUACUUGCUGUUAAGGCUGGAGAAGUGAUUCCCAUUGAUGGGAUUGUGGUAGAAGGAAGAAGUGAGGUUGAUGAGAAGAGCCUCACUGGUGAAUCCUUCCCUGUCACCAAGCAGCCAGAGUCCUUCGUUUGGGCUGGAACUCUUAAUAUAGAUGGGUACAUUAGUGUGAAGACUACAGCUUUGUCUGAACAUUCUGCUGUUUCUAAGAUGGCAAGGCUGGUGGAAGAGGCACAAAACAACAGGUCUAAGACACAGAGAAUGAUAGAUUCCUGUGCUAAAUAUUACACUCCAGCUGUGGUGAUCAUUGCAGCAGGAGUUGCACUGUUCCCAAUAAUAGCAAGGGCUCACAAUCAGAAGCAUUGGUUUCAGUUAGCACUUGUGCUUCUUGUGAGUGCAUGCCCAUGUGCUCUUGUGCUUUCCACACCCGUUGCCACAUUCUGCGCCCUUUUGAAAGCAGCCAGAACGGGCCUUCUUGUCAAAGGAGGAGAUGUUCUUGAAGAACUAGCAAGAACUAAAGUUAUGGCUUUUGACAAGACUGGGACCAUAACAACAGGAGAAUUUUCUGUCGUUCAGCUUCGUUCAUUAAGCCCUGAAAUUACCAUGGACAUGCUUCUUUCCUGGAUUUCAAGUUUGGAGAGCAAAUCAAGCCAUCCGAUGGCGUCUGCACUGGUCGACUAUGCGAGGAUCAGGUCCAUUGAACCAAAGGCAGAGAAUGUAAAUGACUUUCAGAUUUACCCUGGUGAAGGGGUUUCUGGUGAAAUAAAUGGGAAGAAAAUUUACAUUGGAAACAAAAGAAUUGCAAUGAGAGCUGGAUGUGCAAGAGCCCCGGAUGCGGAAGACAUGAAGGAAGCUGUUACAGUGGGUUAUGUAUUCUUAGGUGCCAUGCCCAUCGGGAUUUUUAGCCUCUCUGACACCUGUCGGACUGGCGCGAAGGAGGCUAUAGAAGAGCUGAAGUCCUUGGGCAUUAAAACUGCAAUGCUUACUGGAGAUUCCACUGCAGCAGCCAGGCAGUCUCAAAAACAGUUGGGCAAUAUUAUUGAAGAAAUACACGCAGAACUAUUACCAGAAGACAAAGUAAAAAUCAUCAGUGAUCUCAAGACAAAGAAAGGUUCAACAACAAUGGUAGGAGAUGGCAUGAAUGAUGCACCUGCGUUAGCCAUGGCCAAUGUAGGGAUCUCAAUGGGUGUAUCAGGUUCCGCAGUUGCGAUCGAAACCAGUCACGUAACCCUAAUGUCAAAUGACAUUCUUAAAAUUCCAAAAGCCAUUCGGCUUGCCAAGAGGACAAAACAAAAGAUUAUAGUAAAUAUCAUCUUCUCUCUAUUCACAAAGAUUGGCAUCCUGGGAUUAGCCAUUGGAGGCCAUCCAUUACUCUGGGCAGCAGUAUUAGCUGAUGUUGGAACAUGUCUAAUUGUCAUUUUAAACAGCAUGACAUUACUGCCUACGAACAAGAAGAAAGUGAAAAAUUGUUGUCGAGGAUCGCAUCACCAAAGAGUAGUGUGCAGUGAUAAGUGCUCCAAUGGUUCGUGUGGACCAAAGUCUGUAAGUUGUCAUGGUAGUCAUGGCUGCCAUAAGAAUAGGGAUGCAGAAGAGAAGAAACCAUGCUGUAAAAGUAAAGAAAGUCAACCAGAAUCAGCUGCACAGUGCUGCCAGGGAAAAGCGAUUUGCAGAGAAAAUGGAAGAGAGGUGCACUUUAUUGCCAUGAAUUGUGAAGAGGAUUCCCAUAGAGAAGAUGACUCAUGUGGAAAUCAUUCAAACAGGGCGAUUAACCACACAGUUCCUUACCAUAAGAGUAAGGGUGCAGAAGAGAAGAAACCAUGCUGUAAAAGUAAAGAGCGUCAACCAGAAUCAGCUGCACAGUGCUGCCAAGAAAAAGCGAUUUGCAGAGAAAAUGGAAGAGAUGAGCACUUUAUUGCGAUGAAUUAUGAAGAGGAUUCCCAUAGAGAAGGUGACUCAUGUGGAAAUCAUUCAAGCAGAGUGAUUGAACACACAGUUCCUUGCCAUAAGAGUACGGGUGCAGAAGAGAAAAAACCAUGCUGUAAAAGUAAAGAGCAUCAAGCAGAAUCAGCUACACAGUGCUGCCAAGAAAAGGUGAUUUGCAGUAAAAAUGGAAGAGAUGAGCACUUGAUUGUCAUAAAUUGUAAAGAGGAUUCCCUCAGAAAAGACGACUCAUGCGGAAAUCAUUCUAGCAGAACGAUUGAACACACAGUUCCUUGUCAUGAAUUACACUUUCACAAAAGUAAAGCAGAUAGCGAGGAUUUGAUUUCACCAUGUAUUCAUGAAGAACAGAAGGAACAUGGUUCAUGUGAAGGGAAUUCAAGCAGACAAACAAAUCACGGAGUCCAUUCUCAUCACGAAUCAGCAAGGCAUGAAAAAAAAUCCACUCACAGGCAUUAUGAACAAGAGAUUAACUGUAACUUAAAGCUAAAUACAACUAAAAACUGCUGUAACACUUGUGCUCAUCAAACCAUGGGAGCUGAGGCCAACUUCAAAGCUUCAACAGAAUCUAACAGCUCUGAAAAGAAAAAUACUGAUAAUUGCUGUGAAGGUGAGGGGGAGGAGUGCCACAGGAGGCAUGAAUGCUCGAAUUUGCCAGCUUCUAAGCGCAGGGAAUAUGGGGGAUGUUGUAGGAGUUACAGGAAGGAGUGUUCAAGAAGAGAGACCUGCUGUGGAAAUGGAAUGAUUCAAGUGCCAGAAAUAAUUAUUGAGUAGAGCUUAUUAUGCGUUUAUUCUGAAAUUUUCUAGUGCUAAAAAGCAAGAUAGAAUGCAAUUUUAUUUUAUUCGGUGUACAUGUAUUUGUGAUAUUUUAAGAAGCUAAAAAAUUCUAACCAAGAAAUCGGGAGGCUAGCUAAAGCUGCCGUUUGUUAUUUUUUUAAGAAACAUGGAGUAUUUGAAAUGCUUGU